AUGUAUUCUUCCGCUGCAACCACGUAUUCUUCCGCUACACCGUUUGCAUCGUAUGUACGAGACAAGUUCCGAGGUCUUUAUAAUCUCGCACAACUUAUUUACAAGCCCAUCCCAGUUUAUUUAUAUCUCUUUAUUCUGUUAAUAUAUUUAUUCCUUUAUAUCAAUGUCCGCGUAUAUAUUCGUCUAACUGUGCAUCUGUACAUCUAUCUAUCUAUCUAUCUAUCUAUCUAUCUAUCUAUCUAUCUAUCUAUCCGUCCUUUUCAUAUCUAUCUAUCUAUCUAUCUAUCUAUCUAUCUAUCUAUCUAUCUAUCCGUCCUUUUCAUAUCUAUCUAUCUAUCUAUCUAUCUAUCUAUCUAUCUAUCUAUAUCUAUCUCCGUCCUUUUCAUAUCUAUCUAUCUAUCUAUCUAUCUAUCAUAUCUAUCUAUCUAUCUUCGUCCUUUCAUAUAUCUAUCUAUCUUCGUCCUUUUUAUAUCUAUCUAUCUAUCUAUCUAUCUAUCUAUCUAUCUAUCUAUCUAUCUAUCUAUCUAUGUCCUUUUCAUAUUCAUCUAUCUAUCUUCGUCUUUCAUAUCUAUCUAUCUAUCUUCGUCCUUUUCAUAUCUUAUCUAUCUAUCUAUAUCUAUCUAUCUAUCUAUCUAUCUAUCUAUCUAUCCGUCCUUUUCAUAUCUAUCUAUCUAUCUAUCUAUCUAUCUAUCUAUCUAUCUAUCUAUCUAUCCGUCCUUUUCAUAUCUAUCUAUCUAUCUAUCUAUCUAUCUAUCUAUCUAUCUAUCUAUCUAUCCGUCCUUUUCAUAUCUAUCUAUCUAUCUAUCUAUCUAUCUAUCUAUCCGUCCUUUUCAUAUCUAUCUAUCUAUCUAUCUAUCUAUCUAUCUAUCUAUCUAUCUAUCUAUCCAAAUAUAUUUAACCCAAUUAAAACACUUCUAUCUAUCUAUCUAUCUAUCUAUCUAUCUAUCUAUCUCUCCCACUCGCAGGUUGUACGGACAACGCCUGGUCUGCCAAAUACACAGCUUUGAUUUGAGCCUGCAGCAGAUCGUGACAUCACUUCCGGUGAAGAAGGCUGCCAAAAUGUCAGACAUAUCUUCUGAAAUAUGA